AAUUCUGAAUGCAUCAAACCGUAAAACAUUUUGGGAUCGGAGCGUGAAACUCAAAAGGCUCCGUUUUCAAUGGGAGACAACAGCGAUACAAGCACCGCACCGUCGCCGGCGAAAAUCGCCGCCCAGGAAGAUGCGCUUCUGAAGCAAUUCUUCGCUGAGGUCAGUGAAGUUGAGCGCGAUAAUGAAGUUAACAGGAUCCUUUCAUGUUUCAAGUUGAAUCCGUUUGAUUAUCUUAACUUGUCAUUCGAUUCAUCCAUUGAUGAAGUCAAAAGGCAGUAUCGUAAGUUAUCUUUGCUUGUUCACCCUGACAAGUGCAAGCAUCCACAAGCAAAGGAAGCAUUUGGAGCUUUAGCAAAAGCCCAGCAAUUAUUACUCGAUCCUCAAGAGAGGGAUUAUAUUCUGAACCAGGUUAAUGCAGCGAAAGAAGAGCUGAGAGCAAAGUGGAAGAAGCAGCUUAAGAAAGAUACUGCUAGUAAAUUGAAAUCAUUAGUUACUGAGGGAAAAUUCGACCAAGAGCAUGAGCAAUCAGAAGAAUUUCAGCAUAAGCUGAAGUUGAAGGUUAAAGAAAUCUUGACGGACCAAGAAUGGAGGAGGAGAAAAAUGGCAAUGAGGAUAUCGGAAGAGGAAGGUCGCUUGAAGAAAGAUGAGGAAGAAACAAAAGAGUUGUGGAAAAGGAAGCGUGAGCAUGAAGAGCAGUGGGAAGGAACUAGAGAAAAGAGGGUGUCCAGUUGGAGAGAUUUCAUGAAGGGAGGAAAGAAGGUUAAGAAAGGAGAAAUUCGACCUCCAAAGUUGAAAACAGAAGAUCCCAAUAAAUCUUACGUUCAACGACCUGUGAAACGAGGUUAAAACACAUGUACUCAAUUAGUUUUGUUUCAGUGAUAUUUAAAGCUUGAAUUGGCUAUGGUGGAGUGUAAGCUUCACGUUUGCAUCAAUUUGUAUCUGUAGCACACUUAAUUAUUCUGCAGCAAAAUAUAUUUAGCACCCUAUUUUAGAUGUAUAUUAAGCUAGACAAGUACAUAUAAGGGGAGCCCUUAAUUAUUGCAUUUGACAUA